AUGCCGACAACAAAUCAAUUAUUGACACAACAAAGAGUGAUGAAAACAAAACGAAUUAAAACACCUGCUUUAGAAAAAUGUCCUCAAAAAAAGGGCGUAUGUGUUCGCGUGUAUACAAAAUCUCCUAAAAAGCCGAACUCAGCUGUGCGUAAAGUAGCCAAAAUUAAGCUCACGAACCAAAACGAAAUCAUUGCGUAUAUUCCCGGUGAAGGGCAUACUUUGCAAGAGCACUCCGUGGUUCUUGUUCGAGGUGGUAGAGUUAAAGAUUUACCUGGUGUUAAGUAUAAAGUUAUUCGAGGCAUUUUUGAUCUUCAAGGUGUGAAGAAUAGAAAACAAGCCCGUUCUAAAUACGGUACAAAAAAAUAA